CAUUUUUAGAAUUCGCGUUUAAAAUCUUUAUUUUUCAGUUUUUUUUAAUACACCACAUAAUGGUCUUGAAUGCCGGCGAACUUGCCCAUGGCAUGACACUCGCCUACAAGGCAACCCGCUUUGCAUCCAAGCACCAACGCGUACAGAAAAAAUUCCUCAACGUUCUCAAAGUAACCGUGCUCCUCAUGGUACUCGCAUAUGCACUUAUUUACAUAUUGAUAUUCUUCCCCCUCCAGAGCACCCUGGCGUUGCUGAGCACCCGCCAGGCAGUCGACCACUUCCUCACAACGCUGCCGCUCCUGGGGCUUGACAUAAUCAUCCACGCGCGGCCACAAAUGUUCGAAGACAUUUUCUUCACUAUGCUGGAGGAAGUUGACCCCGAGUACGCCCGGGUGCUGAAAACAUGGCCGCCACGCAAGUUCCGCUGGGCCAAGAUAAAGUUCACAGCGCAAAGACUGGGUAAACGAUACCUGAUGACGCUUGCGGCUUCGUAUCUAGGGAAACUCCCCCUGAUCGGCUGGCUGGUUGUGCCCCUGGGUGCCCUGUCGAUGAUGAGCCGGUUUGUCGGCUACCCGAUUGCCGGGGCCAUCAUCCUGGCCACUGUUGCUUCCCCAGGAUCCAAGCACUCCACUCUGUUUAUCUUCAAAUCCCUCCUGGCCAUGAGCGAUUUUAGCCGCGACCUACUGCGCCCUUACUUCUCUCAUCUGGGCGCUAAGCCUGAACAACAAAUCAAGUUUUAUCGUGCGCGCGAGUCGACAGUUAUUGGGUUCAUCCUUGCUUUUUACUUUUUCGUGCAGAUGAGCUGGGUUGGUCCAGCGUUUUAUAUCUUGGCGCAGGCUGCUGUGGCCCUGUUUAUUUCCGAGCAGACUGUGCGCCCGCCCUUGUAUACCCCGGGCGCAGAAUGGGAGCUGUUGACUGAAAAGCCCUCAGUGGAAACUGAGGAGCGCUUGGAAGUCAAGUUACAAUAAAAAAUACUGCAGAGAAAAAAGUGAGUGCAGAGAAAAAUGGAAAGGUGAGGGGGAAAAGGGAUGGACUUUGCCAUGCGGCUUGAGUCUCAUCAAACAGUUCCUCUCUUUCUUUCUUUCUCUUCUCUUCUUUCUAU